CUCCGGGCGGCGUCGGCAGCAGCGCGGGAGGCGGCGAGGCAGGGGUGGCGGGAGCCGGCGCGGCGGCCGCAGCGAGAGCCGCGGGGACGGAGCAGACCACGACGAAGGCUCACAGGCAGCCGGGCCGGGCCGGGCCACGGGGAGAGCGGCCGCCAGGAAGCGGGCGGGAGGCCGGGCGGGCAGCAGCCAGCUGCCGAGCCGCGAAGCGACAUGGUGCUGCUCAAGGAAUAUCGAGUCAUCCUGCCUGUGUCUGUAGAUGAGUAUCAAGUGGGGCAGCUGUAUUCUGUGGCUGAAGCCAGUAAAAAUGAAACGGGUGGUGGCGAAGGUGUGGAGGUCCUAGUGAACGAGCCGUAUGAGAAGGAUGGCGAGAAAGGCCAGUACACACACAAGAUCUACCACUUACAGAGCAAAGUGCCCACGUUUGUUCGUAUGCUGGCCCCAGAGGGAGCCCUGAAUAUACAUGAGAAAGCCUGGAAUGCCUACCCUUAUUGCAGAACCGUUAUUACAAAUGAGUACAUGAAAGAAGACUUUCUGAUUAAAAUUGAAACUUGGCACAAACCAGAUCUUGGCACCCUAGAGAAUGUGCAUAAACUGGAGCCCGAGACAUGGAAACAUGUGGAAGCAGUAUAUAUAGACAUUGCAGAUCGAAGCCAAGUCCUUAGCAAGGAUUACAAGGCAGAGGAAGACCCAGCAAAAUUUAAAUCUAUCAAAACAGGACGAGGACCUCUGGGACCCAAUUGGAAGCAAGAACUUGUAAAUCAGAAAGACUGCCCAUACAUGUGUGCAUACAAACUGGUUACUGUCAAGUUCAAGUGGUGGGGCCUGCAGAACAAAGUGGAAAACUUUAUACAUAAGCAAGAGAAGCGUCUGUUUACAAACUUCCACAGGCAGCUGUUCUGUUGGCUCGAUAAGUGGGUUGACCUGACUAUGGACGACAUUCGAAGGAUGGAAGAAGAGACGAAGAGACAGCUGGACGAAAUGAGACAGAAGGACCCGGUGAAAGGAAUGACAGCGGAUGACUAAAGCCACCCCUCCCCGUUCUGCACUUUUUGCAAGACAGUGGUCAACAGGAAGGCCCAGCAGCUCCACCCUCCCGAGUGACAGGCCAUCUUCGGACGCAGCCUUUCUGUGCCCAUUCUUCAGGCAACUUUCGAUUCCUUACUGUAGCUAAUCCUAGAUGCCCUUUACUAUUGUAAGCGAAUAGACCGUCUGGUAUUAUGAAGCCCAUGUGUUCAGGAGCUUGCUCCUCUGAGAUACGUGGUGGGCAGGCUGCUGUAUUUACAGCUCCUCCCCCUCUCUCCAUUGUGUUCUGACCCAUUUCUGUGUGUGCACCCUCCCCCCUCAAACUUCAUUUCUAAGUGACAUUUUUAGUC